CCGCCGGACAGCACGCGGGUAGGUAGGCUGGAACUUAGAGGAAGGCUAGCAGAGUGUGCUGGUGUCUUUUCCCCCCCCUUUUGACCGUGCAGAGCGUGUAUCUGCGGGUGGCUGGAAGUUUGGAGCGCAGGGCCUGGCUCAGCGUUCCUGGCACGGGAGUGACUGCAGUGGGCGCCCUCCUGCCCCACCACGAGUUGGAGGAGUGCUGCAAGCGUGUGCCCCCGCGUCGGGAAGUGAUCGCCUUUUCCUCUUUAACAGUCACCCUCCAUGCACACACCCUAGUCCCCUGAGAGUUGGUCUUCGUGCCACAGCGCGCCCCUCCUUACCCGGCCCCUCCUACCGGCCCAGUGCCCGCUUGCUCCAGGUCGGUAGUUGGCUUCAUCCCCGGUGGCCCUGCUUGGGGGCGGAGAAGAUGGCUGGCGGACGUCUGCUUUUGGGGGGCGACUUCCUGUCGCCUCCACCGCUGCCCCCCCUCCCGCCGCCGCCUCUGCCGCCCCUCCCGCCACCCCCGCCGGAGCCAGUGCUGGAGCAGUGGCGCUAUAGCCACGAAAGUGACUGGCAGUGGGCUCUGCGACGCAGCUUCAUCUGUCGGCACCUGCACAGCUAUCCCGGGGCUGCCCUCGACCAGCUCCUUGCUCUCUCCGCCGCCUGGACCAACCACGUUUUCCUGGGCUGCAGGUACAGCCCGCGCUUGAUGGAAAAAAUUCUUCAAAUGGCUGAAGGUAUUGAUAUUGGGGAGAUGCCUUCAUAUGAUCUGAUGCUGCCCAAACCUUCCAAAGGUCAAAAACGUCAUCUUUCAACAUGUGAUGGUCAAAAUCCUCCUAAAAAGCAAGCCGGUUCCAAAUUCCAUGUGAGACCUCGUUUUGAGCCUGUACAUUUUGUAGCUAGUAGUUCAAAAGAUGAAAGACAGGAAGAUCCUUAUGGCCCUCAAACAAAAGAGGUAAAUGAACAAACACAUUUUGCCAGCAUGCCGAGAAACAUCUACCAAGAUUAUACUCAAGACUCUUUCAGUACACAAGAUGGGAAUUCUCAGUAUUGUGAUUCAUCAGGAUUUAUUUUCACAAAAGACCAACCUGUAACAGCCAACAUGCAUUUUGACAGUGGGAACCCCGCCCCAAGCAGCACACCACAGCAGGCAAACUCUCAGUCACCUCCUGAGCCUUCACCAUCACAGACAUUUCCUGAGUCAGUGGUAGCCGAGAAGCAGUAUUUUAUUGAAAAAUUAACAGCGACUAUCUGGAACAACCUUUCUAAUCCAGAGAUGACUUCCGGAUCUGAUAAAAUUAAUUACACAUACAUGUUAACUCGUUGUAUUCAGGCAUGUAAGACAAAUCCUGAGUAUAUAUAUGCUCCUUUAAAAGAAAUCCCUCCUGCUGACAUCCCCAAAAAUAAAAAACUCCUAACAGAUGGUUACGCUUGUGAAGUUAGAUGCCAAAAUAUCUACUUAACUACAGGUUAUGCUGGCAGCAAGAAUGGGUCCAGGGAUCGAGCUACUGAGCUAGCUGUGAAACUCUUGCAGAAACGUAUUGAAGUUAGGGUUAUCCGACGGAAAUUCAAGCACACAAUUGGAGAGGACCUUGUGGUGUGUCAGAUUGGCAUGCCUUCAUAUGAAUUUCCUCCAGCUCUGAAACCACCAGAAGAGCUGGUGGUGCUGGCUAAAGAUGCCUCUGGGCAGCCGAUUUUUAAUGCUUCCGCCAAACAUUGGACCAAUUUUGUGCUUACAGAAAAUGCAAAUGAUGCAAUUGGUAUCCUUAACAAUUCUGCCUCAUACAACAAAAUGUCAGUUGAGUACAAAUACGAGAUGAUGCCAAAUCGCACAUGGCGUUGUCGAGUGUUUUUGCAAGAUCAUUGCUUAGCUGAAGGUUAUGGAACCAAAAAAACAAGUAAACAUGCAGCUGCCGAUGAGGCCUUGAAAAUCCUUCAAAAAACACAACCCACUUACCCAUCUGUCAAAGGUUCACAGUGCCAAACAGGCUCUUCACCCAGGGGAUCUGGCAAGAAGAAAGAUAUAAAGGAUCUUGUAGUUUACGAGAAUUCUUCAAAUCCUGUGUGCACGCUCAACGACACAGCUCAGUUUAACCGAAUGACAGUUGAAUAUGUCUAUGAAAGAAUGACAGGCCUCCGAUGGAAAUGCAAGGUGAUUCUAGAGAGUGAAGUAAUUGCAGAAGCAGUUGGAGUGAAGAAAACUGUCAAAUAUGAAGCUGCUGGAGAAGCUGUGAAAACCCUCAAAAAGACUCAGCCGACUGUCAUUAACAACUUAAAGAAAGGAGCUGUUGAAGAUGUGAUUUCAAGAAAUGAAAUUCAGGGCCGCUCAGCAGAGGAGGCUUACAAACAACAAAUCAAAGAAGAUAACAUAGGUAAUCAGCUGCUGAGAAAGAUGGGUUGGACGGGUGGUGGUUUAGGUAAAUCUGGCGAGGGCAUUCGGGAGCCAAUCUCUGUCAAAGAGCAGCAUAAGCGGGAAGGGCUUGGUCUUGAUGUAGAGAGGGUAAAUAAAAUUGCCAAGAGAGAUAUUGAACAGAUCAUCAGAAACUAUGCCCGCUCUGAGAGCCACACAGAUUUGACUUUCUCUACAGAACUGACUAAUGAUGAGCGGAAGCAAAUACAUCAGAUUGCCCAGAAGUAUGGUCUUAAGAGUAAGUCUCAUGGGGUAGGCCAUGAUAGGUACCUGGUGGUAGGUAGAAAAAGACGGAAGGAAGACCUACUAGAUCAGCUCAAACAGGAAGGCCAAGUGGGGCAUUAUGAGCUUGUGAUGCCUCAAGCAAAUUAGAUCUUACUAACUUAUUUUGUAAAUGCCUAAUGAGGCAUAUCUAUGAAUUACAGAAAUGCUACAUGUUCCAGUUGCAGAGUAUAAUCAUUCUUAAGAUGUUUCACCUUGUUCAUUUCAUAUAGUGCUUUAUUAGAUAUUGGGACCUGAAAAAUUCUGUCCACUUGUAUUAGCUUAAUCCAGCAGAUGAUAUUGUGCAAUUACCGUUUGUGUCUUUGAUAUUGCUGUGCCCCCAGACUUUAGUCAUUUGUACAAAGCAAGAACGCAGAUCCAAGUGGAAUUUCACCCUGACAAAGAAACUCCCAUUUUAAAGGGCAUAGCACAGCACUCUGCAACAAUAUGUGAGGUUGAUAUUAAUUACAAGAAAAUCACAGUCUUAAUUCCAGACUUACGAUGUCAGAUCAUUUUGUAUUAUCUAUUUUCAUUUUUCUGUGAAGCCAGUUAUAGCUGUUUAACAGUAAAUUGUGCUGUAUGUGUAAAUGUCCUUACAGACUAAAUGAUGUAAAACUUUCUUAAAGUAAUUUUAGUGUUCACUUAUUUAUAACUUCUACCAUGUGGUUUUCAGAAUAUUGGAAGUGAUUUACUGUACCUUGUGAUAUAUCAAUUUUAACAAAAAGUCUUCAUGCUGAGAGAGCACUACUUGAGAGAGCACUUGAAAAGUUUCAGAAACUUUCAUUUAAUCUGAAGAAAGGAAGCUGGAGCUGUUUGUUCUUGGUGCCUUGCAGAGAGACUCACAGCAACUUCCUGUUGUAGCUUUCAUAUGGUUUGGAUGUACAGCACAUCCAAGGUGGCCAGAGCUGCAGUAGAGCUCGGUAAAAGACUGAAGAUACAUUGGUACUUUGAUGAAAAGGUCAGUUGGCUCGUCCUUCUCUCAAACAGCUUAUUAAGCUCCAAAAGCCAACUUUGUAACAUAUUUAAAAUGGCUAUUUUCGCUUAUUCCUGGAAUGUAUAAAGAAAGUAUAUAAAAAGAAUUAGUGUGUGCUUCCUGAAUAAAAAGGAGCCGAAGUUGAUCAAAA